AUGGAAGGAUUUCAACAAGUACAUGAAUUAACUACACUUUAUAAUGAGUAUAAGUCUUUCUUUCCAUUCUGCGAACUUAAAUUAACAGAUGCAUCACCAGAAGGUUGUCGUGAAAAUCAUAUCAAAUUAACAACACAUGAAGGGUUGAACACAUCAAUCACUGUUGGCCUUAAAGGCUGGUACGAAAUACCACAUCCACAUAAAUCAUACGAAACCUUUGAAGCCCUAAUGCAAAAUAUCAGUCCUGAUUUCCUAAAUCGAUUCGGUAAUGAACUUACAAAUAAAUUAAAUAACUUGUUACAAUGA